GGCUGGCGGCCGCGGGAGCCUUACACUCGCGAGCGGCCCGCCACACAGCUCCGGCGCCCGCCGCGCUCCCGCCCCAGAGCUACUGAGGCGGCCGUACAAUCCUCGGCAGUGUCCUGAGACUGUAUGGUCAGCUCAGCCCGGCCUCCGACUCCUUCCGACUCCCAGCAUUCGAGCCACUUUUUUUUUUCCUUGAAAACUCAGAAAAGUGACUCCUUUUCCAGGGAAAAAGGAACUUGGGUUCCCUUCUCGCCGUCCUCUUUUCGGGUCUGACAGCCUCCACCCACUCCUUCCCCGGACCCCGCCUCCGCUCGCAGGUUCCUCCCCGUCACCUUUCUCCACCCCCAACCCCCGCACCUAGCCCGCAGCGCGCCACCUUCCACCUGACUGCGCGGGGCGCUCGGGACCUGCGCGCACCUCGGACCUUCACCACCCGCCCGGGCCGCCGGGAGCGGACGAGGGCCACAGCUCCCCACCCGCCGGGAAGCCCAGGUGCUCGGCGUCUGAACGUCUCAAAGGGCCACAGCGACAAUGACAGCUGACAAGGAGAAGAAAAGGAGUAGCUCGGAGAGGAGGAAGGAGAAGUCCCGGGAUGCCGCACGGUGCCGGCGGAGCAAGGAGACGGAGGUGUUCUACGAGCUGGCCCAUGAGCUGCCUCUGCCCCACAGCGUGAGCUCCCAUCUGGACAAGGCCUCCAUCAUGCGACUGGCGAUCAGCUUCCUGCGAACACACAAGCUCCUCUCCUCAGUUUGCUCCGAAAAUGAGUCUGAAGCUGAAGCUGACCAGCAGAUGGACAACUUGUACCUGAAAGCCUUGGAGGGUUUCAUUGCUGUGGUGACCCAAGAUGGCGACAUGAUCUUUCUGUCAGAAAACAUCAGCAAGUUCAUGGGACUUACACAGGUGGAGCUAACAGGACAUAGUAUCUUUGACUUCACUCAUCCCUGCGACCACGAGGAGAUUCGUGAGAACCUGAGUCUCAAAAAUGGCUCUGGUUUUGGGAAAAAAAGCAAAGACAUGUCCACAGAGCGAGACUUCUUCAUGAGGAUGAAGUGCACGGUUACCAACAGAGGCCGUACUGUCAACCUCAAGUCAGCCACCUGGAAGGUCUUGCACUGCACGGGCCAAGUGAAAGUCUACAACAACUGCCCUCCUCACAAUAGUCUGUGUGGCUACAAGGAGCCCCUGCUGUCCUGCCUCAUCAUCAUGUGUGAACCAAUCCAGCACCCAUCCCACAUGGACAUCCCCCUGGACAGCAAGACCUUCCUAAGCCGCCACAGCAUGGACAUGAAGUUCACCUACUGUGAUGACAGAAUCACAGAACUGAUUGGUUACCACCCUGAGGAGCUGCUUGGCCGCUCAGCCUAUGAAUUCUACCAUGCGCUAGACUCCGAGAACAUGACCAAGAGUCACCAGAACCUGUGCACCAAGGGUCAGGUAGUAAGUGGCCAGUACCGGAUGCUCGCAAAGCAUGGGGGCUACGUGUGGCUGGAAACCCAGGGGACAGUCAUCUACAACCCUCGCAACCUGCAGCCCCAGUGCAUCAUGUGUGUCAACUACGUCCUGAGUGAGAUUGAGAAGAAUGACGUGGUGUUCUCCAUGGACCAGACGGAAUCCCUGUUCAAGCCCCACCUGAUGGCCAUGAACAGCAUCUUUGAUAGCAGUGGCAAAGGGGCUGCGUCUGAGAAGAGUAACUUCCUAUUCACCAAGCUAAAGGAGGAGCCUGAGGAGCUGGCCCAGCUGGCUCCCACCCCAGGAGACGCCAUCAUUUCUCUGGAUUUCGGGAAUCAGAACUUCGAGGAGUCCUCAGCCUAUGGCAAGGCCAUCCUGCCCCCGAGCCAGCCGUGGGCCACAGAGUUGAGGAGCCACAGCACCCAGAGCGAGGCUGGGAGCCUGCCUGCCUUCACCGUGCCCCAGGCAGCCGCCCCGGGCAGCACCACCCCCAGUGCCACCAGCAGCAGCAGCUGCUCCACGCCCAAUAGCCCUGAAGACUAUUAUACAUCUUUGGAUAACGACCUAAAGAUUGAAGUGAUUGAGAAGCUCUUCGCCAUGGACACAGAGGCCAAGGACCAAUGCAGUACCCAGACGGAUUUCAAUGAGCUGGACUUGGAGACACUGGCACCCUAUAUUCCCAUGGACGGGGAAGACUUCCAGCUAAGCCCCAUCUGCCCCGAGGAGCGGCUCUUGGCGGAGAACCCACAGUCCACCCCCCAGCACUGCUUCAGUGCCAUGACAAACAUCUUCCAGCCACUGGCCCCUGUAGCCCCGCACAGUCCCUUCCUCCUGGACAAGUUUCAGCAGCAGCUGGAGAGCAGGAAGACGGAGCCCGAGCACCGGCCCAUGUCCUCCAUCUUCUUUGAUGCCGGAAGCAAAGCAUCCCUGCCACCAUGCUGUGGCCAGGCCAGCACCCCCCUCUCUUCCAUGGGGGGCAGAUCCAAUACCCAGUGGCCCCCAGAUCCACCAUUACAUUUUGGGCCCACAAAGUGGGCCGUCGGGGAUCAGCGCACAGAGUUCUUGGGAGCAGCACCGUUGGGGCCCCCUGUCUCCCCGCCCCAUGUCUCCACAUUCAAGACAAGGUCUGCAAAGGGUUUUGGGGCUCGAGGCCCAGACGUGCUGAGCCCGGCCAUGGUAGCCCUCUCCAACAAGCUGAAGCUGAAGCGACAGCUGGAGUAUGAAGAGCAAGCCUUCCAGGACCUGAGUGGGGGGGACCCACCUGGUGGCCACACUUCACAUUUGAUGUGGAAACGGAUGAAGAACCUCAGGGGUGGGAGCUGCCCUUUGAUGCCGGACAAGCCACUGAGUGCAAAUGUCCCCAAUGGUAAGUUCACCCAAAAUCCCGUGAGGGGCCUGGGCCAUCCCCUGAGACAUCUGCCGCUGCCACAGCCUCCAUCUGCCGUCAGUCCCGGGGAGAGCAAGAGCAGGUUCCCCGCACAGUGCUACGCUACGCAGUACCAGGACUAUGGCCUGUCGUCAGCCCACAAGGUGGCAGGCAUGGCAAGCCGGCUGCUCGGGCCCUCCUUUGAGUCCUGUCUGCUGCCUGAACUGACCAGAUAUGACUGUGAGGUGAACGUGCCCGUGCUGGGAAGCUCCACGCUCCUGCAAGGAGGGGACCUCCUCAGAGCCCUGGACCAGGCCACCUGAGCCAGGCCUUCCACCUGGGCAGCACCUCUGCCGAUGCCGUCCCACCAGCUUCACUCUCUCCAUCUGUUUUUGUAACUAGGUAUUUCUAACACCAGCACACUAUUUACAAGAUGGACUUACCUGGCAGACUUGCCCAGGUCACCACGCAGUGGCCUUUUUCUGAGAUGCUCACUUUAUUAUCCCUAUUUUUAAAGUACACAAUGGUUUUACCUGUUCUGAAAUGUUCUUAAAUUUUGUAAGAUUUUUUUUUCCUCCCCACCUUCAAUUACUUCUAAUUUAUAUUAUCUAUAGGUUUCUCUCCCUUUCUCUCCUUCUCACACACAACUGUCCACACUAACAAGUUUGGUGCAUGUCUGUUCUCCUGUAGGGAGAGUGUUAGCUUCAUUUUACUAAAAAGAUUCCUCGUUACUGUUGUUGCCAAAGAGAAACAAAAAUGAUGUUGCUUUCCAAGCUUGGUUUGUGGCUUCUCCCUCGCAUAGCCCUUCUCCUUUCUUUUUUAAAACUAAUCACCAUAUUGUAAAUUUCAGGUUUUUUUGGUUUAAGCUGACUCUGCUCUAAUUUUGGAAAAAAAGAAAUGUGAAGGGUCAACUCCAACGUAUGUGGUUAUCUGUGAAAGUUGCACAACGUGGCUUUUCCUAAACUGGUGUUUUUCCCCCGCAUUCGGUGGAUUUUUUAUUAUUAUUCAAAAACAUAACUGAGUUUUUUUAAAAGAGAAAAUUUAUAUCUGGGUUAAGUGUUUAUCAUAUAUAUGGGUACUUUGUAAUAUCUAAAACCUUAGAAACGGAAAUGGAAUCCUGCUCACAAAAUCACUUUAAGAUCUUUUCGAAGCUGUUAAUUUUUCUUGGUGUUGUAGACACUGCAGACUUGUCCAGUGCUCCCAUGGCCUGUAUGGACACUGUGGAAGGCCUCCCUCUGUCGGCUUUUUGCCAUCUGUGAUAUGCCAUAGGUGUGACAAUCCGAGCAGUGGAGUCAUUCAGUGGGAGCACUGCGCGCUAUCCCCUCAUGUUCUCUAUGUACUAUGUAUGUAUGUAUUAUUAUUGUUGCUGCCAAGAGGGUCUGAUGGCACGUUGUGGGGUCGGGGGGUGGGGCAGGGAAGUGCUCUAACUUUUCUUAAGGUUUUGUUGCUAGCCCUUCAAGUGCACUGAGCUAUGUGACUCGGAUGGUCUUUCACACGGCACAUUUAGACAUUUCCAGAACUACCAUGAGAAUGGUUUAGAUGGGAAUUCAUGCAAAUGAGGGGUCAGAAAUGGUAUAGUGACCCGGUCCACGUCCUCCAAGCUCACGACCUUGGAGCCCCGUGGAGCUGGACUGAGGAGGAGGCUGCACAGCGGAAGAGCAGCUGGUCCAGACCAGCCUUGCAGCUCCCCUGAGCUGAUGGUCCUGCAAGGCCUCCAGGGAUGGCCCCUGGCUGCAGGCCCUGGCUGAGGUCUCUGGGUCGGGCAGUGACAGGUAUAGGUAGGAAGCACUGAAAAUAGUGUUCCCAGAGCACUUUGCAACUCCCUGGGUAAGAGGGACGACACCUCUGGUUUUUCAAUACCAAUUACAUGGAACUUUUCUGUAAUGGGUACAACGAAGAAGUUUCUGAAAACACACACAAAGCACAUUAGGCCAACUAUUUAGUAAGCCCAGAUGGACUUAUUGCCAGAAACAAAAAGUAGCUUUCAAAAGAAAUUUAAGUUAAAUGAGAAAUUCCUUAGUCAUGGUGUUGUCUAAAUCAUAUUUUAGCUGCACAGCGUUACCCCACGCAGGGUGGCAGAACUUGAAGGGUUACUGACAUGUAAAUGCUGGUAUUUGAUUUCCUGUGUGUGUUGCCCUGGCAUUAAGGGCAUUUUACCCUUGCAGUUUUACUAAAACACUGAAAAAUAUUCCAAGCUUCAUAUUAACCCUACCUGUCAAUGUAACGAUUUUAUGAACAUUAUUAUAUUGUCGAAUUCCUACUGACAACAUUAUAACUGUAUGGGAGCUUAACUUUAUAAGGAAAUGUAUUUUGACACUGGUAUCUUAUUAAAAGUAUUCUGAUCCUA